ACCGGUCGAGCAGGAAGUAAGAAACCCCAAGUGUAUUUUGUGACCUCUGGACUUUUUAAAUAGACACCUGGGUGAUUAUACGACAUUGUUAUUUAACAUUUACUAGCUACGGAAACAGUCUACCAACCCUCGGUGUGACGUCACAGUGUUCGUCUGUUAGCUCGGGGAGUGUCGCUCACUGCCCGCUCCGAUAAGACUGCCCUGCCCGCUCUGCACACUUAUAUCACAAUGAAGCAGCAUGCCUAAGGAUCCCACUGUAUAUGUGUAGCAUUAGUUAGUCUGACAAAGCAAUCGUGCACACUGUGUGGAGUAGCUGACAACUGACUGAGUGAGCGAUCAUGUGGCUGCCUAUGCUCGGGAUGACCGCCUUUCCACACAUCGGAGGGCUCUAUGGCGGUUACGUCACGCGCAAAGAGGUGAAGACCUGGUACAAGACCCUGCAGAAACCAUCAUGGCGUCCUCCAAAUGUAGCCUUCCCUAUAGUGUGGACUUGUCUAUAUACAGGCAUGGGGUAUGGCUCUUACCUGGUGUGGAAAGAGCUGGGAGGUUUCAAGGAAGAUGCACUGGUUCCACUGGGACUUUAUGGGGUGCAGUUAGCUCUGAACUGGGCCUGGACUCCUAUCUUCUUUGGUGCACACAAGCUGAAAUUGGCUCUAAUGGAGAUUGUGCUUCUCACUGGGACCGUGGGAGCCACCAUGGUGUCCUGGUAUCCCAUCAGCCGCACUGCCACACUGCUGAUGGCGCCCUACCUGUCCUGGCUGUGCCUUGCCACCUCUCUAACCUACUGCAUAUGGAGGGACAACAAAGAGGAGAAAGAAGAGUAGGAGACAGUUCUGUGUGCUUUUCUUUCAAAUCAUGUGUCUUUCUUAUGAAAUUGCAGCUAUUUCAUUGCUUGGCUUUUGGCUUUAGACAAUUAUAAUACAAGAUUUUUAAAGACAAAUCAACACUUCCAUAUAUAGUCGGCUGAGUUGCAAAAAUUGCAUUAAAAAAUCAUUGUUAUGAAGAGAUGAUGUUGCCAUAUUCGCCCAGUAGCUCCUGAGAUGGCGGCAUUUUACAUCUGAGCAAGGACUUUUCCAGUAAGCUCGGCUUAUUUUGUAAACUCACUAUUUGGAACGGUCCUCAGGUGUGUUACUCUGAGAAGGAAAAUGUAACAUGACUCUGAUCGUCUUUGUCAUUUUGUUUACCCAAAUUGAGUUAAUUCCGUCCUAAAAAAGUGCAUUCCUUCUAAGCAUAUCAUCAGGGUUCAUCACUAUCCAUAUCAGGCACUGAAGUUCAAUAUUGCUCAGACUACUGGUCUAAGUUGAAGUGUGUGUUUUUUGAUUGAAGUGUAAAACUGCAUUUAUUUGCCAUUUAUAAAUAAAGAAUGCCUUAUUUAACACGUGUGCAUUUAUGAUGAGUCUUGUUGGAGUAACAACUACAACUCAGUUUAUCACUUUUCUUUCCUUCAAUUUGUAAAAUAAAGAGUGAUCAUGUCUUCUGAGGAAACAAAUGUUUUGGAUCCACUA